CUUGCUGUGAUGCGUCGUCUAGUUUGACAGUAUAAAACCAUGACUAGGCGUGCACCCUUCAUCGUCGUUGAAGGUCUUGAUAGAUCCGGAAAGAGCACUCAAGCGUCAAUCUUGUGUGACCAUCUUACAAGCCUUGGUCUCCCCGUCGAAUUAUUCAAAUUUCCCGAUCGCAGGACAGCGAUCGGGAAAAUGAUUGAUUCGUAUCUGCGGUCAGAGUCUGAUCUUGACGAUCGCGCUAUCCAUUUGCUCUUUUCUGCAAACCGUUGGGAACUAGCGUCUACAAUAUCCUCACAUCUUGAAAAGGGCACAACCAUUAUUGCGGACCGCUAUGCUUUCUCCGGUAUUGCCUUCUCAGCACGUAAAGGUCUGUCAUACAAGUGGUGCCAAGCACCCGAUGUCGGUUUGCCCGCGCCAGAUCUGACAAUGUUUCUUGAUAUCGAGCCCGACAUUGCACAGGCUCGUGGGGGUUACGGCACAGAGAGGUAUGAACAGGAGGAGGUCCAGAGAGACGUGAGGCAAGUAUUCGAGAGGAUCGAGAAAGAAAUGACGCAUGCGGGAGCUCGUUGGGUGAAGAUCGAUGCUGGUAGAACUCAAAAGGAGGUCUCACAGGAUGUCUGGGUUCAUGUGCAAUCUAUCUUGGACAGUGUUCACCAUCCUGUUGGGACAUUAUGGGAAGAGCCUCAGGAAGGCACACUUGGGUCCAUUGUCAAAGUAUGAGAUAUGGAUAUGUCGUAAACCGUGAAUCAUGGCCAGUAUUAGCAGUAAUAGUAGUAUGCGUAGCCUCUUUUGUUCGCAGAUU